ACUUCCGGUUUUGUAAUCCUCUCUGGUGUCUGUUUUCGCUGCUGCUCAGUUGGCAAAGAUGGCGUCGGAACCGAACAAGACAGAAAUUCUCACCAUUUUUAAACGUUUGCGCUCCAUACCUACAAACAAGGCCUGCUUUGACUGUGCUGCUAAGAACCCGAGUUGGGCCAGUAUUCCGUAUGGAGUGUUUCUGUGCAUUGACUGUUCUGGGAUACAUCGCUCCUUGGGAGUUCACUUGAGCUUUAUCAGAUCCACAGAGCUGGAUUCCAACUGGAGCUGGUUUCAGCUGAGAUGUAUGCAGGUUGGAGGAAAUGCCAACGCGAUGGGGUUUUUCUGCCAGCAUGGGUGUACCACCAAUGACACCAAUGCGAAGUAUAACAGUCGUGCGGCUCAGAUGUACAGAGAGAAGAUUCGACAGCUUGCCAACGCUGCGCUCUCCAAGUAUGGCACUGAUCUGUGGAUUGACAACUCAAGCUGUGCUCAGCCAUCACCUACAGAGAAGAGAGAGACUGACUUCUUUGAUGAGCACACACAGCCUGCCAACAGUUGGAACAUAGCUUCCCCAUCCCUAAUGGAUGAGAAUGGAGCCAUAACCCCUCAACUGGAGCAGAGCAAUCUUAAGAGUUCAGAAACCAGCACUCAACCUGAAGAGGGUCCGAGCAUUGAAGGACUGAGCACAAGUCCUAAAGCCACAAUAGAUGACUCAAUGAGAUUGACGUCUGAAGAGUCUCCUGAAGAAGUGAAACCCUCCAUUAUAGGAAAGAAGAAGCCAGCCACUGCAAAGAAAGGGCUCCCUCAUCACCUACUCACAGAGUCCAGCGAAGCACGACAGAAGUUUACCAAUGCUAAAGCAAUCUCAUCGGACAUGUUCUUCGGCCGUGAGAGCAACCCAGAGUAUGAAGCAAAGACUCGUCUAGAAAGCAUGACUGGAAGCACCUCCAUCAGCUCUGCUGAUCUGUUUGGUGAUGACGGUGUCCGUUCCACUGGCUCAUCAGGAUUUGACAGCGUGCUUCCCUCCGGUCCUGACAUCGCCCAGUUCAAGCAAGGUGUGAAGACUGUUGCAGGGAAGAUGGCAGUGCUGGCUAACGGAGUUAUGAAUACCAUUCAGGAUCGCUAUGGAUCUUACUGAAAGGACUGCAUUAAACUGAAACGGAAGUUCCAUUAAACAGAACGCACCUCAUUGCUGAUUGGCUCUGGUCUGUCUUUACUACAUGAACACACAUCUGAGAGAGAGAGAGACAAAGACCCGGGAGCUCCCAAUCUCUCCCCAGACCACUGUAGACACUCUUGCUGACAGUAUUUUCAUUUCUAUUUGAAGACUCUUGAUUUAUUUUCAGAUAACAUGAGAAGCACUGGGAAGAGUGUAAAGUUUGUUUUCAGAAUCGCAGUGCUCUCUGUUUGAACUAACAGUCCUGUUUUCUAUGCCAUGUACUGGUCUUUGAUUUCAAAUAAGUAUGGAUUUGAAAAGUAUUUUGUCUGGAAUUAAACGCAUAACAACUUAAGAGUGCUAAUAUGUUCUUAUGGCUUUCUUUUUUUUUUUUUUUUUUACAAUUUAACGGUAUCCGAAGACUUCAGUGCAUUCAGUAAACAAAGAAAGUGAACCCCAUAUGGUAUAUUUAUACAUUUUGAAUAUUUUGAGCCCAUUUCCUAAAUGCAAUCUAUUAGAUUUGAUGCAUUUUACUUUAUUAGUUAUGACGACAAAGUUUAAGUGAUGAAAAUAACAGUAAUUUUGUGCAAUAUGUCCUGGCAUGUCAAGGACGAAUUCUUGAGGCUUUUUGUGGAUGCGGAUGUGUGAGUGAUUCCUGGGAGUUUGAGUUGUCAGGACCGAUGAUUUUAAACUGAACCAUGUUUGGUUUUGCAUGCCAGCAUAAAGCUGAAGACACUGGCGCUGUAUCUGAUUUCAGAGAAAAUGCUCAAGAAAGCAAGCGGACUGAGGAGGUUUACACCGACGACAAUUUAAUAAGACGCCCUCGGUUUAGAUGAAAGAAUGACAGCUGAGAAAAUUGUUUAUUUAAAAUUCACCCACUGUCGUCUGUUUUCUGGUAAUGUGCAUGUGCAGUUCUGUUUUCUAUUACAUGCAUUACAGAUUUUCUUUCCUUUUCUUUUGGGUUAAUGCCAGACCGGGAGCUGGUGAAUGGUAUUUGUCUGCCUGUCCGUUUGUAUCCCAGUGCUAAAUUUGAAAAUAAAGAACAACAAUCUAACUGCCGUCUGAAUUAAAAGCUAUUUAUUGUAGCCUGUUGAGAAGAAUCUAUUGAGAUUUGUGAGAAUAAAGAUUGAAAUCCCCCACAA